AUGAACGUGAGUUUGGACGAAUUGAUCAAGAACAAAAGGUCGUCACCUCGCGGAGAACGUCGUGGGGGCGGAAGACAAGGCGGCUCUAGAAGUUUCGGUGGCAGAACAUCAAAUUUCCGAUCAAAUGGCGUUGGUAGAAGCGGUGGUGGUCCUAUGCGCAGGAGCAGAUCCAUGGCAAGGCGGUCCAAUGGAUAUACUCCUUACUCGAAGGGCGAUAUAAAUGCAUCAUGGACCCAUGAACAUAUUCUAGUUAUACCAAUUCAUAUGUAUGAAUGA